UGCUUCCGGUUCUACAGUGGGUAAGUUAAAUGCAUAACAUGCGAUAUUUCUGAGGUGUGGUCCAUCUGAUAAACUAGCGUGAAGAGACAGUGGGUCAGCGGGGGGGAAACAUGCCAUUUUUACACGGCUUCAGGAGGAUCGUGUAUGAGUAUCAGCCUCUGGUGGACGCUGUGAUGUCUGUGCAUUCACGGAGCAGGCAAGGUGAUGAUGAAAGCAUCUGUCGGGAUCUUGCGGAGCUUCUAGAUAAAGAGUCUCAGUCUCCGGUCUUCAUGGAGGGAAUCAGUUGCUCUCUGUUUAAAGUGGCUGAACUUGGGUUGGUCAGUGCAGCAGAAGUGCUCUUGCGUUAUGGUGCUGACCUUAACUUCGAGGACCCUGUAUCAUACUACAACCCUUUGCACAUUGCAGUGAUGAGGAACAAACCGGACAUGGUUCAGAUGUUGCUGGGUCACGGGGCUGAAAUUGACAAGAGGGACAGGAUUCAUGAAAGCAGUCCUCUUGACUUGGCCGGUGAGGAGGCAGACAGGCUGCCAUGUUUGCGUGUUCUUCUGGACCUGGGGGCUGACGUAAAUGCAAAAGACAAGAAUGGAAAAACCGCGCUGCUCCAUGCUCUGGCCAUCAGCGAUGGACUCACGGUCAACAACACAGACAAUAUACAGCUGCUUCUAGAAAGAGGUGCAGAUGUGAAUGCCGCUACGCACGAUGGCGAGUCCUCCAUGUCCUCGCUGACCUUCCUGGUAAAGGAAGCUCUAGACAGCAGUCCGGAGGAUGGCAAGGAGAUCAGGCACUUCUGUACCCAUGUGGCACAUCUCCUUCUUAGCCACGGUGCCGACCCCAGCUGCUGUUUGAACGCUGCUGAUGGAGAAGUGUGGGAACCCUCCCUAACCUACACCAGCCUGGAGAACUUUGACCUGUUUUUUCCCCUGGCUGCCCUUCUGCUCCAGCACGGGGCUUCUUUCUUCUGCUCUCACCACAGCGCCUCCUACUGGACGGGUCAGCGACUGAUAUUCACUCGUCUGGCUGAGGUACUGCGUGAGUCUUCAGACGAUGUUGACGUGGCUGAUCUCUUUGCUAAAGCUGAAGCGCUGUUGGAUCUGGCCAGGGUCUGCUCACCGGUCUUACCUCCUCUAUUCCCUCAAUCCGAAGUCCCUGUGCUGGAACAGGUCUCCGCCCAUCAGUCGCUCCUGGAGCUCUACAGCAAACUGAAGGACCAGGAGAGCCAGCCGCUGCCACUGAGGUGCCUCUGUAGAAGACUUAUCCAUCACUGUCUGCGACCCUGGCCCUUUGAAGAGAAGGUGAAAGCCCUUCCACUGCCAGACAGACUGAAGGUGCUAUUGCUCCCAGAGCACAGCUGGACAGACACACCUGGCUGGGACGCCUUCAAAUCCCACAAUUCACAGCGCUGAGAAGUGAUCAAACAAGGACUGUUUCUCUGGUUGAUAAUAUUGAUUAAUUAUGAGCUGGAUUAUUAACAAACCGCUCAAAGAUUACAGGAGCUCAGUACCUGCCUACUAGUCUCAACGACACAAAAUUCACUUGCUCUGUGUACCAGACCCAAACUAACAUGUGUCGGACGCGGCUUGUUCUAAUCCGACUGUCGCGCCGCAUCCAAUUUGGACAAUAUUUGAAAUUAUAAUGGGUUCUAUUGUCUUUUGUUCGGUGUAGACACGGUGUAACACUGACUAACUAGAUAAAAAAUGAUCUUGGUGAUGAUAAGUAGUGUUCUCUGUGCCAAAAUGUUCUUUUUUUUAGUUUUGUGGUUUCUUGAAUACUUUCUGUAUGAAAAGCUAUUGUGUGUUUACAAUUGAAUCUUCAUUGUGUACCACUGCCACAUGUGUGGACUGAUUUGGCAGUUGCUUUAAGUCUUUAAUUUCGAGUUUACAUUAUCAGUGAAUCAUGUCAUGUCCUAAAUUGUGCCUUAAGAAGACCAGCGUUGUAGGGGUAAAAAUGAAGAAAUCUUUGAUUCUC